UCUGAAGACGUUGAUUGGCUGAACGUAAUUCCAGCUUUAUAUUUUGUUUCGAUUUAACUUGUAUUCAGGAGUGCCCCUUUAGUAUUAACUUGUAUUCAGGAGUGCCCCUUUAGAAUUAACUUGUAUUCAGGAGUGCCCCUUUAGUAGUAACCUUGACCGUGAAAAUUUCAUCUGACUAUUUUGCCCACAAUUUUUUUAAAUUUAAUACAAACAAAGGCGUAUUAUUUUUAAAACUUCUUGGAAAUUCCGUUUACUCGUUAUGGGAUGUGCCAAUACCAAGGCUGGGGCAGCCGCUGCCCUUGCUCACGCUGCGCCCCCAGAAGCAGCUGACGGAACAGAAGUCACGUCUUUAAAAUCACCCAAGUCUACAAAUCCUGAAGUGACAAAUGGCAAUUCAACUAAUGGUCAAGCAAAUGGAGAAUCAGCCACUGAAGCAACAGAGAAAGAAGAGGGAAAUUUAAAUGGACAAGAUAGUUCUGCAGACAAAAACGCUGAAAAUCAAGAUACAGAUCUAGUGGUGAACGGGGACAAAGAAGGAUCACCGUCAGAUGGCGUUGCUGGGCAAGAAGAAAAUGCAGAGACUUCUAACGAAGUAACUGAGUCAGGUGAAACAAAAACGGAAGAAAGUCCUGAGAAUGAGACAAGCGAAGAGAAUAACGAUACAGAGGCUUCGAAUGAAGCUGAUAAAGCUGCAUCUGCAGAAGAAAAUGCGACAGAAGCGCCCACUGAAGGAUCAGACGAACAAGAAAUGUCUCAAAGUACAGAAGCGUCUCCACAUGAAGCCCCGAAUCCCGAGGCUGACGCAGGUGAAGAAAUAGGAGCAGAAGAAAAUAAUACUUCAGGUGAGAAUGGCGGCGGAGAAUCGGAGACUACAGCAGCUGAAGCAAAAGAUGGUGGUGGCGAAGCAGGAAAUUUGGAAAGUUAA